UGGCCGCACGCACGCGCACGGAGGAUGGGCCACGCCAGCUUAGGUAGCCUUAGGUGAGGAGGGCGGGGUGCACCUGGCCCAGGGCUGGUCUCACUCCAGGUGUUCGGUAGGCUCCAGGCAGGACUGUAGGCGGAAGCAUCAAUCCUGGGGAGGGCUGAGGGACUGAUGCAGUUCUGUCCACACAGCGCAAUGCGGUGACGCCUCAAAAGAAUCAUGGCAGCGGCUGACGCACUGGCCUUCCAUGAGUUCGAAGAAGCCACAAAUCUUCUGGCAGAGACCCCAGAUGCAGCCACCACUAGCCAAAGUGAUGCCCUGACCUCACGGGAGCACGUGACUGUGGUCGUGGGAUCAGGUAUUGGCUAUGGAGCCGAAGUGGUGGAGGAAGAGGGCGAUAGAGCAUCGCUUCUACAGGAAGAAAAGCCACAGCCAAGAUUCUGGACGUUUGACUACUAUCAAAGCUUCUUUGAUGUGGACACCUCCCAGGUCUUGGACCGGAUUAAAGGUUCGCUGCUGCCCCACCCUGGCCACAACUUUGUGAGGCCCUUUCUGGAUCUGUGCUACGUUGGCCUUUGUCCUGGCAGUUACUGGCAACCUCACUUUGGUGCUUGCACAGAGGCGGGACCCCUCCAUCCACUACAGCCCCCAGUUCCACAAGGUGACUAUAGCUGGCAUCACCAUCUACUGCUAUGCGUGGCUAGUGCCACUGGCACUGUGGGGCUUCCUUCGGUGGCGUCAGGGCACAAGGGAGCACAUGGGGCUGUACACCUUCCUGGAGACGGUUUGUGUUUAUGGCUACUCACUCUUUGUCUUCAUCCCCACCGUGUGGAGUGGCUGCAGUGGCUCUUUGGAGCACUGGCCCUGGCCCUGUCAGCUGCCGGGCUGGUGUUCACCCUGUGGCCUGUUGUUCGAGAGGAUACAAGGCUGGUGGCUGCAGCACUGCUGUCCACUGUGGUGCUGCUUCACGCCCUCUUGGCUCUAGGUUGUAAGCUGUACUUCUUCCAGCCAUUGCCCCUGGAACAUGUGAUACCAGCACCCCAAGCCACACUUCUAUCUCCCAGUGUCCUGCUGCCCACCUCAGCCCGGUCCAUGACAACCUUCUAGGAAAGCCAGGCCUGCAGGUCAAACCCCAGGGGCUACGACCUGUCCUGCCCUCCCUGUGAAGAUUAGAGGAGUCUUGGACCCUGGAGACCACCCUGCUACUUUGCAGGCUUUUCUUACAAAGCAAACACUUUUAUUUUCUAUGCAAAGGUGAUCCAGAGAAUUUAUAUAAAGGUGGGGGGGGCAGCCGAGCAGGAAAUAUUACUGAUGGACAGAAGAGCCCGGUUUCCCAGCCUGCCUGUGGGCCCUGUUUCCCUUACAGGUCAGGGGGUGGCACAGGGCAGGUCCAGCCAUUGCCAGGAGUACCUGUGGUGGGCAUGGGCCCAGCCUGGGCUCUGGCCACUGAGGUGGGGACUCUAGGGCAAAGGAGCAGGGGAGAAACUGCCUUUCCUUCCUUGUUUGCUUUUCUUCUUGUUCUGUCUGGAGGGAGAGGUUCCUGCUAGGCCCCUUCUCAGGGGUGCUGUCUUGAGAGGAGGAAGUAGAGCAUGAAUGUGGAGUGCACACACAGGCCUAUGUUAGCUAUCAGGGAGAGGAUGCCCUCCUUCCUUCUGUGACAGAUCCUUGAGGUUUUUGUCUACCCCACUGGCCCUAGGUGACUUUCCCUCUGGGCUGCCUGUUCCAGGUUUUGGUGGAGGGGGACUUUAGGGCUCAGGACAGGACAGUAGCAGGAAGCAGAGGCUAGAGGCCUUUGGACAGCUGGGAGUUUUGUACAUUCAAGUGUGAGGUGAACCCUUUGGUGAGAGGGGAUUACGUCCGCCCUGAAGGCUUGACAGGGCCACCCCUCACCUAGAACCUCUGGGCCUAGGGACAGGGGCUGCUGGCUGGGCCCGGCCAGCCGGGUUUCUCAGAGGGUCUGUGGGUUGACACUGGUUCUUUUCGUAAAAAAAUAAAAUUAAAAAAAGCA